GGUUAAGUUAGUUGAGUGGAAGUUGAGUUAAGAUGUAUUAAUUUUAUGCAAAAAUGACAUUUGACCGUUACAUUUUGAAAACUGGGUAAAACUGAAGAUGAGUACCUACAGUGGCUUGUUUACGCCCACUUGGCCAACUAGGAUGUCUGCCUUUGAGUGCUGGAAGGAAGCCGAGGCAACUCACUGGGAGCCUAUCUCCAGCCUUGGUCCUCAGUGGAUGGUUAAAUCAGAAGCCAGUGGUAGAGGGUAUAUUUUGAUGCUGACAGAUGGUUGUGGUAUAUGGGGAGAGAAAAGGUCUGCCAGAUACAUCCAAGAACAAGCAGAUGAAUGGGCACCUUGCAUUGAAGCUGGAGUCAUGGAACUGUCAAGAUUAGUGCUGUCAGAGAUGAUGAAAAGCGCUGUUGCAUCUUGGGAAAACAAUAGAGAGAAGGUUAAACUUUCCAUCAAUUCCAAACUCAAUGACCUCUCUUAUUCUUGGGAGUUUCAUGUGACACGUCUUGAUGAUGAACUAUUUAAACAACACUGGACAACUCCUUUUUUGGUUCAUUUUCAUUAUUUGGGGGCAACAAUAAAGCAGCUAAGAAAUGAGGUGGAAAAUAAAAAUCGUCAACUUGAAGAACUUAUGCCAGAUAACAAAAAGUCAAAAACCUCAAAUAAAUCUCAGAACAAGAGCAAAGUUGCUCCCAUUGAAGUUUCUGCAGAGGCUGUGCUUGCUUCAGGAAUGUCAUCUGUUUCAGAAGAGCAGUCAAUUCUGUAUCCACAGAUCAUGGCCUGUCUGCAUAAGAUAAGAAAUCCUGAAAAUAAGCAUGUUGCCAUACAAAAAGGACUAAAAGUUGCUACAAGCCGUACUAAAAAUAAGAAUCAGGAGGAGGGAAACACUGAAGAAUUUGGGGAAGAAGAGCUGAGAAAGCAGGAAGAAAGGGAAGCUAAAAUUCAGGAAAUAUUGACAGGAAAUCCAAUACCAACUACUCCUCAGAAGAAAAAGAAAAAGUUGAAAAUAUAGACAAAUUACAUAGUCUUAAUCUUUUACAGGAUAAUUUAUUCACGACUGAUUUCUCACCGACUGAUUUUUCACAGACAUAAUACAGUGAUCAGUUGAAAGUACCAAGAAUAGGCAUUUUUGUAAUAGACACUAUAUUUUAUGGAUGUGGGUUUUUAUAGUAAAUUUGUGAGCGUUAGGUGGCUAUUUGGCUUGUUUGAUGCCUGUAUUCCUGUUAUACUUUUAAAUUAUGUUGCUGCAAUAUAAUGGGUGAUCAAAUGCUUAAGUUAACUUGAUCUUAAAUUAAAAUAUAUUAUAUUAUAAUUAUUAAGAA